AUGAGCCUUUUCAUCUUUCACCACGACUCAAGGGCUCUGCCCAAGCCUCUGGACGUACGACGCACCCGCGGAGAGCGUUGGGUGAUCAUAGGCGGGCGGAUCGAGCUAUUGGGACCAGGACCGCGGCGGGAUCGCCUCGACGACGCCGCGAGCAGGCGCCUGGGAAGAGGUCCGCGAUGGCUGUUCGCUCCCUUUGUGUGGCGCUGCUACAUGGCGAUGUGCUCGAUCUCCUCCGACGACCCGCUCGACAUCCUCUUCAUGUCUUUUUCGCUCAACAACCUCGUCUACGAAGGGGGAUCGACCAGGAUCGACGACGAUCACGUCGAUAAGCUCACCUACUGUGCGGAUGCCUUCGAAGCCAUGGUCGAGGCUCUGCGAGACUCCGCCCCCGCCAUCUUCCUCCUCUACCACGGCUCGCAAGUGCGCCCCGCACGCUGCGACAAGGAAGGAUUGGCGCGGGAAGGUCGACCGGCAUCCCUCCUGGACCGCAUCUCCCAAUUCCAGCUCGCAGCUCUGGACAACGCGGCCUUCGUGGCGUGGUGGACAUUGUCCUUCAAGGGCUGGGAAGCCGCUCUCGAGGAAUGGCAGGUGGAGAUGGUCCGCAGCUGCGCCUUCCGCUCCCGAGAAAAGGCGGGCUGCUUCCUGAACCUUUCGACGGACUACUCGCUGGCCAACUUCGAGCUCUGGAUCGAUCAUGGAGUACCAAUCUAUUUUCUGUGGUCGGAGGCGCUUCAUCACGACAAGCGAUUCUCUCGCGCGAACCCGGACGUGCUGAAGCAGUAUUGGGACCUGCGCCAGGCCAUCGAGGACGACGAGACCUUCCACGCCGAGGCCAAGGCGCACUUCCUACGCACGGACCGGGCGGGAGUCUUGCAGUACGACAAUUUCUUCCAGGAUCAGGCGAUGAGGAAUUUGUUCAUGAACAUGGAGACCCGCUCCUACCAGGAGGGAACGACCUACGUCCUGGAGGCCUUCCAGAACUAUCGCCCCAUCCGCCUUCGUGACCGCGAGAUGAUCGAGAGGUACCUUGUCCACUACGAGGCGAUCGCGCUACCCAACUCCUCCCCGCCUACCGUCGCCAUCAUCCGUUGGGCCCCGCGCGAGCCGUACCGAGGCCAACCAGACGAGGAAGGAUACACGGUGGACUACGGAGCGUGGGAGUAUGAGGAGGAGCUUCGUUUUCAAGGCCGCGCGUUCGACAAGGAGUCCGGAUGGUUCGUCAACGACAUCCUCGUCCUCAGGGAGCUGUUCAAGGUCGCCUACGCGCCCGAGCGAGGAGAAGCUUUCAUGCCCGACGGGACGCGUCUGCAAGACCCGCUCCUCCCCGACGCCGAGUUCGAUUUCGUCGCGGCGUACGAAGCGCGGGUGAUCCAAGAGGCGGUGGAGGAUGGGAAGGAACGACCGCCCGACCUGCGAGAGUACUACGAGUACGAGCUGGCCGACUGGAGGGAGAAGCAGCGUGUCGACAAGGAGAACGCGGAUGCCACCAUCGCGCGGUUGGGCGGCGACCCUCUUGGGGAGAGUCCUCUGCACCUCGGCAACGUGAUGGAGGAGGACCCGGCGUGCAUCCCUCCUCCGACUCCACCGAAUAUUCAGGAGAUGCCCGAGCUACUCAGGCGGAUGGUCUUCCCCAACUGGAAGGCGGCGCGCACAGGACCGAGCGAGGAUCGAGUGACGAGGCGCAACGGGAGCAGCUUUACCAGGCGGGACGCCUCAAGAGGCGCCAGUUCCUCGACGUCCAGCCGUCUCGUGGCCACUGCGUCACGUCGCAGUGCUUCCCCCUCGAGGGGACCUACCCGUCUGGCGGAUCCAACCCGCCUCUCGACGCAGGUUUUCCGACCCAACGACCCCGAGUUCGAGGAUGUCCUGUCAGAGCUCAUCGACCAACUCGACCUCAUGUUCAGCAUAAUCGCCGAGCCAGCCAAGAGGCGAGGGGACGAUGAGCGGGCUCCGAGAAUUGGUUGGGACAACGAGGUCAUCGAGAGGGCCUACAUCCACUUCCCCGAGCCGCUGGACGCCCUGCGGGUCCUUCUCUACGCCUUAUUCAUCCGCGACAUCAUCACUCCAGCGCGAAUGCUCAACUACAUCGUCAAGCACGGUAUCAAAUUCCGUAUCUUCCUGCCGCGCGACCCGAUUCCGGCGCCCUCACGCGGGCUCAGCCAACCUCGCCCUUCCGGGAUGCGCGCCUCUCACCUGCAUGGCCUCACGGGCGACACCCUUUUCCAGACCUGGGAGGACGCGAUGAACGGACCCUUCUGGGCGAAGACUCACUUCCCCGGAUUCAUCCAAGAGGGUGGAACGAUUGGCUUCUUGGCGCGACACUACGCGACGAACAAGCUGAGGCGCGAGGCGGGCUUGGGCGUCAGCAUGGAGACGAGGAUCUUUGCGCGCAACUCGGACUUCCUACCGGACUCAGUCGAGACCUUCCAGGUCGUACACGACGACGUAGGGGCGGAAGAGCGAAGCUUCGCUAUCGGGACUCUGCCGCCUAUAGAGGCGAACGGCAACCCUCGUCACAUGCUCCCGCCGACACACUGCUUUGAGCACAAGUACUGGGACUUGGGUACGGGCGAGUGGACGGACUGGGAGGAAGACUACCUCAUCGACUUGCUAAACCGUUGGAAGCUGGGAAAGGAGGUCCCGAGGACGGCGGAAGGGUGGGCUGGACACAUGCGAGUGUACCGCAAGAACCUAUCCCGCAAUCGUUCACUCAACGGCCGCGACAAGAGAUGCCCGGGGUCGACAGAAGCCGCGCAAUGGUGCCGCAUGCUGCGGGAGGUCUACGGAUUUUCUUUGAAGACGAGGAAGAUCGCGACGCUGACGGACGCGCCUGAACCGGAGCGCGUGCGCCGCUUCCAGUAG